AUGGCUGUUCACACUCUUUUCUAUGAGCUUGACGUUUACGAUGAAUUUCACUACAUUACUAUUGAUCGUGCUGGGCCUAGUCUCGACCAUCAUCGCCUUCCCCCGGAGCCUCAGCGCAAGGAACCGCAAAUCGAUUUGUUCCCCGAUGUACAGGAGGGCGACUCGAAGCCGGGAUUGGCCAAUUACUUAGAUGAAUUUCUAAGCGCGAUCAAAGUCUUCGGAUAUCUCGAGAGACCCGUUUUCCACGAGUUGACACGCACAAUGCAAACUAAGAAGUUGAUUGCGGGCGAGACCCUCCAACUUGAGGAAGAGAAAGGGUUUUGCCUAGUCGUGGAUGGCGAGGUCUUUGAGGUGUCUUCCGACGAGGAGGAUCAAGCUCGAGAUGGGAGACAAGGGUAUCAGCUGCUCACGGAAGUGAAGAAUGGCGCCUCCAUGUCAUCCUUGUUCUCAAUACUAUCCUUAUUCACCGAGGACAUCCGAUUGAGGGCGAGUGAGGACUCGCAGUCAAGUAUGUCCAGCGUUCAGCCAAGUCCCGCCCGGGUGCCCGUGCCGUUUAUGGAUAGCCCAGGUGGCAAGCUAAAUGGAUCGCCUAUGGGGGUUUCCAAGCAUCAAGAGGAUGAUAGCUCAACCAUUAAUGGUGACGGGGAAUCCCUACCUCCGGUGCCGCCCCUGAAUCUAGGAGAAAGCCGUACCUCGUUUUACCGCCACAACGGCCGCUCGACUUCGGAACGGGUGCAUGGGAACCGCAGGAAAUCAGUUCACCCCGACAUCGUGGCACGAGCAAUGGUAGACACAACCAUCGCGAUUAUUCCUGCUAGUGCUUUCCGACGCUUGACGCGGCUCUACCCUAGAGCAACUGCCCAUAUCGUCCAGGUGAUUCUUACCCGACUUCAGAGAGUUACAUUCGCAACGGCCCACUCCUAUCUUGGCCUCACGGAUGAGGUCCUCGGAAUUGAGAAGCAGAUGACCAGGUUCACAACAUAUGACUUGCCAAAUGAUAUACGCGGAUCAGCUCUAGAUCGGCUGAAAGACAAAUUCCUCAAAGAGAAGGACCGUCUGGGUUCCGAAGAGGUGACCAGAGGGAUUGCACUACACAACCCUUAUGCCGGCAGAAGACGUCGGUCGAGCAGUUUCAUGAGAAAAGAGGCUGCUCUCAAAGCCAAGUUGCCGACGGCAAGGCGACCUAUUUCCUUUGUAAACUCGGAAAGGUCUCCCAGUGAGCGCGACACAGCUGGAGUUAGUCCUGGGGACUUACUCUCCACCAUUCAGCUCUCUAGGUUUGGGCCUAGGCAUGAGCAGUUUACUACCACUCCGAGACUCCAUUCCCCACUAACCGAGAAAGAACACUCGCCUCUCCGUCGUUCCUCACUCCAGAGAAAGGAUUCAGUCGACGAAGAUACCCUAUUCCGCGAGUCGAUUUUAGACUGUAUCAUGAAUGGCAUCGGUUUGACACCCCGCUCACACGAUGCGCUUCGAAAAGGGAGUCAUUCUGGCGAAUCCCCAAAGUUAGUCUCGUAUGAUUCACGUCGCCAAAAAGCUGUUUUCAGCAACAAUGCGUUUGGCUUUAUGGAUGCCUAUGAAGGGUCUGGGGAUGCCGAAACCGAGUCCAUGAUGUCAAUGUCCGUCACGAGUGCUGGUGGUACAUCACCGAUUGUUAAUCUCAGGGAAGAGCUACUCAACGACAUAGAGAUCGUCUACUUUCCUAGAGGCUCAGUCCUAGUGGAACAGGGUGAACGACAUCCGGGUCUCUAUUAUGUGAUCGACGGCUUCCUAGACGUGGGAGUCCAGGUUAAUGACACGGGGGAGGAUCUUGUCGGGACGUCCAGGCCGGGCCAUGCGCAACCUGAGGAGGAACCAUUCCCAACGUUGAAACGAACACAGACGGCUACAUCACGCGUCGCCACUACUGCAGCUCCCGCCAAUGAAUAUAAGCGCAAAAGACCUUCUCGGAAGUCUCUUUACAUGAUUAAACCUGGAGGAAUGCAGGGAUAUGUUGGCGCCAUGGCUUCCUACCGCUCUUAUACCGACGUCGUGGCUAAGACGGAUGUCUACGUUGGAUUCCUUCCGCGCGCGUCCCUAGAGAGACUGGCUGAGCGGUAUCCAAUUGCUCUAUUAACUUUAGCAAAGAGACUGACAGGCCUUCUUCCGCGCCUCCUCCUCCAUAUCGAUUUCGCCUUGGAGUGGGUGCAGGUGAAUGCCGGCCAAGUCAUCUAUCACCAGGGUGACGAGAGUGAUGCUAUCUAUAUCACUCUAAACGGCCGUCUUCGGUCAAUUCAUGAAGGAAAGGCAGGCAAAAUGACCGUGGUCGGCGAACAUGGACAAGGGGAAAGUGUGGGCGAGUUGGAAGUCAUGACGGAAUCGACACGGCCCGCCACAUUGCACGCCAUACGAGAUACCGAGCUGGCGAAGUUCCCUCGGUCCCUUUUCAACAGCCUUGCGCAGGAGCACACUGGGAUAACCAUCCAGGUCUCCAAGCUCAUUGCUCAGCGAAUGCGAGAUUUGGUCGAAAAUCCCAUGACAGAGCAAGGCGAGCCUGGCAAUACAGGUAGUGUCAAGACUGCAACAUCAACUCUCAACCUGCGUACAGUUGGCAUUCUUCCCAUAACCACUGGCGUUCCAGUCGUGGAAUUCGGCAAUCGGCUACUGAAUGCUCUCCAACAAAUCGGGGUCACCGACGGUGUAACAUCCUUGAACCAAGCGGCUAUUCUGAACCACCUUGGGCGGCACGCUUUUAGCAGGAUGGGAAAGCUUAAGCUUUCGCAGUAUCUAGCCGACUUGGAGGAAAAGUAUGGGAUGGUUCUAUACAUUGCUGACACCAACGUGAACUCACCAUGGACGCAGACGUGCAUUAGCCAGGCGGACUGUAUCCUCUUGGUAGGUCUUGCGGAGUCUUCUCCAAACGUGGGCGAGUAUGAGAGGUUUCUACUCGGUAUGAAGACUACAGCACGGAAAGAGCUCGUCUUGUUACAUGCGGACAGAUACUGCCCCCCUGGAGUUACACGCAAGUGGCUCAAAAACCGUGUGUGGAUUAAUGGAGGGCACCACCAUAUUCAAAUGGCUUUUAGACUAACAGCUGAGCCGUCGCAUCCUCAAACGAAACGACUUGGCACGGUACUCAAACAAAGAGUUCAGAUUCUGCAGGCCGAGAUUCAGAAAUAUACCUCUCGUCGCAUUCGACAGACGCCGCUUUACUCGGCCCAGACACCAUUUAAAGGUGAUUUUCACCGCUUGGCACGUCGCCUCUGUGGCAGGGCCGUUGGUCUUGUUCUCGGAGGUGGUGGUGCAAGAGGUAUCGCUCACGUGGGUGUCAUCAAAGCUCUCGAGGAGGCUGGAAUUCCAGUUGACAUUGUUGGUGGGACAUCAAUCGGUGCCUUUAUUGGCGGGUUAUAUGCCAGAGAUGCAGAUGUAGUUCCAAUGUACGGCCGAGCAAAGAAGUUCGCCGGCCGCAUGGGAAGUAUGUGGCGAUUUGCCUUGGAUCUAACCUACCCGUCCGUGUCGUACACCACCGGCCAUGAGUUCAACCGCGGUAUCUUCAAGACUUUCGGGGAUAGCCAGAUCGAAGAUUUCUGGCUCGAGUUCUAUUGCAAUACGACCAACAUCAGCCGAUCCCGGGCUGAGUACCACUCUUCUGGCUAUGUCUGGCGUUACGUGCGCGCGUCAAUGUCAUUGGCAGGUCUUCUUCCGCCCAUUUGUGAUGAGGGAAGCAUGCUUCUCGAUGGUGGCUACAUCGAUAACCUCACCGUAGCCCACAUGAAGACACUGGGCGCAGACGUGAUUUUCGCAAUCGAUGUUGGCUCCAUCGACGACAAUACUCCUCAAGGCUAUGGCGACUCCCUAUCAGGCAUGUGGUCAGUCGUCAACCGUUGGAAUCCGUUCUCGUCCGUCCCAAAUCCCCCAACCCUAUCAGAAAUCCAGGCACGCCUAGCGUACGUCUCGUCUAUUGAUAAUCUCGAACGGGCCAAGAACAUCCCCGGCUGUCUCUACAUGCGCCCUCCAAUCGAUCGGUAUGGAACUCUUGAGUUCGGCAAUUUUGAUGAAAUCUACCAGGUUGGUUAUGUCUAUGGUAAGGAAUUCCUGCAGAAACUCAAGAGCCAGGGAUCUCUGCCACUUCCGGAGGAAACGGAAGAGAAGAAGAAGCUUCAGCGUACCCUCGCACCUCGACGUGCCAGCAUCUAA